UCAUCAGCCGUAGAGCCACACGGGGUGCGGAGGAGCAGCGGUCAGGAAGGUGCCGUUCUGCUGCUCUUAGGAGGGGUUUAUUCCGCCCUGGUUACCGUGAAGAUAAGCGGAAGUACACCGCAGUUGAUUAAGGUUUACCGUUUUCUCCGCACAAGACAAGAAAGGCGAUCCCCGCCGCCGCCUCUCCGGACUCUAAACCCCUGCGAGGAUCCUCCCUGGGUGGCCGCCUGAGACCCCGUUCCUCGCCCGUUCUUCCCCAUGUGGCGCGAUGGGCAAUGGACUGUCUGAACAGCAGGCGUUCUGCUCCAACAUGUCCUUCUUCCAGUCCUUCCACAUCACCAUCCUGGGACUGGACUCCGCCGGGAAGACCACGGUGCUGUACAGGCUGCAGUUCAACGAGUUCGUGAACACGGUGCCCACCAAGGGCUUCAACUCGGAGAAGGUGAGGGUGUCGCUGGGCGGCAACCGCACCGUCACCUUCCACUUCUGGGACGUGGGCGGCCAGGAGAAGCUGCGGCCGCUGUGGAAGCCGUACACGCGGCGCGCGGACGGCAUCAUAUUCGUGGUGGACUCGGUAGACGUGGAGCGCAUGGAGGAGGCCAAGACCGAGCUGCACAAGAUCACCAAGACCUCUGAGAACCUGGGGGUGCCCGUGCUGGUGGUGGCCAACAAGCAGGACCUGAGGCUCUCGCUGGGCCUGGACGAGAUCGAGAAGCUGCUGGCCCUGAAGGAGCUGGGGCCCGCCACGCCCUGGCACCUGCAGCCGUCCUGCGCCAUCAUCGGCGAGGGCCUCAGGGAGGGCCUGGACAAACUCCACGAGAUGAUCCUAAAGAGGAGAAAGAUGCUUCGACAGCAGAAGAAAAAGAGAUGAAUUGAGAAUAAAAUUGGAUUUUCUGCAGUUUUUUUUUUUUUUUUCGUAUGAAGGAACACAUUUUUUAUUUCCCCCCCCCCUCCGCCUGAGUGGAUUUCCAGUUCCACUGCAGGCUCCUAUACGCCGUGCUGAGUUUUAUCAGUCCAGCGGCGAGCUACUGGAUUCCCUCUCGCGGGUCGGACGUGCGGACGCCGUUGAUCAGGAAGUGAAGGUGAAGGAUUUCAGUACGAAGAGGCGAACGUUUCAGACAUGUGCGGAUGUGCUUUUAAACGAGGGACUGCGCAGCACCGAGGAGUUUGGGGUCUGGAAGAGGGAAGAGGCGGAAGAUGUUUAAAGGAUGCUACACGAUUUCAAGCGGCUGGUUUUUAAACAAAUCACCAAAAAAAAAUAAAUAGUUCAAGGCUUUGACUGGUUGAAGGUCCGUAGGGGGAAAGAGAGAUUUGAACAAUGUUGCACAAGAGAGGCAGUUGUAUUUAAGUGUUUCAAAUGUUAAAUCUUUUACAUUCUUCCACACUGGAUUUAUAAUUUUUUUCUGUUUUGUUAAAGAAAAGUAUUAUGAUUUAUUACAGUACCCUCUGGUUGUUUGCUGUCUUUAUCUAGUUUAAAGAAAUGCACUUUAGACCAUCACCUUUUCUGGAGUUUACAGAUUACAAUGGAUCAUAUUGUGUUUGCUUUUGUGUUUUUUUUUUUGUUUUUUUUUUUAUAGAUAUAUUUGGACAGGAAAUGCUGAUGUACAGUAGUUUUUUUUUCCCCACGUCGGACAAUAAAUGCAUUAUGUUUCGCUAAAUAAAGUAUGUUUUCAAACGA